AUGGAGACUAUCAGUGUUCAGGUGAUGAGAAGCUUAUCAGAUAGUGAAUCAUCUGCUACAUCUGGAGGUGAAGAAGAGGUGCUAAUUAAGAAAGGACCAUGGACUGAAGAAGAAGAUUCUCUUCUCAUCAACUAUGUCAACCUCCAUGGCGAAGGCCACUGGAAUUCCCUCGCUCUCUCUGCAGGUCUGAAGAGAACGGGCAAAAGCUGCAGAUUACGAUGGUUGAACUACUUGCGUCCAAAUGUUCGACGUGGGAACAUCACCCUUCAAGAACAGCUCUUGAUUCUCGAACUCCAUUCCCGAUGGGGCAACCGGUGGGCUAAAAUAGCAGAACAGUUGCCUGGGAGAACAGACAAUGAGAUAAAGAACUAUUGGAGGACGAGAGUGGUGAAGCUAGCUAAACAACUCAAAUGUGAUGUAAACAGCAAACAGUUUAGGGAUGCUGUGCGCUUUGUUUGGAUGCCACGCCUUGUGGAGCAGAUUCAGGCUUCUUCUGGGCAUGCUUCUUCUUCCUAUGGACAUGACCAAACUACACUGUGCAACAUUCAAACCCGCAGUGAAUCUAGUGGGGCCAAUCCCAUGAAGUUUCGUGACAGCUUAAUGGUUUCCACGUACUCAUCAGGGGUUGAUGUUCCGCCUCCUUCUCUCUCUGACACAAGUACAACUUCAACUUUCAAUUUAAUGGGAGAUGGUAGCUGUUCAUCGGAUAGUGCAGAAAUGGGGUGGGAGCAGUGGGACUACUCUGAUCUCCAAGCAUUUGCACCGACCCAUGGUUUUGGUGAUGCAGACUUGUGGACCGAUGAAAACAUGUGGUUUUUGCACCAGCAUCUUACUAAUGAUUUUUGA